AUGGCUUCAUCGUCUUCAACGAAAGUGAUCUUGAUGUGUUAUGGAGGGGAGGUUAUGGAGGUGCAUGAGGCUUUGGUGAAUGCAUCUCCAACUCUGAAGAGCUUGAUACGAGAAAAGGGUGUUGAUGGUGACAACAAGAUCAACUUGCCAAACAUCUCUAUUGAAACUAUGUGCAAGAUCAAUGAGUAUGUGAAAAAGCAUGCAGAGGCUGUUGAUCCUGCAAAAAAUCUUGAUGCCUGGGAUGAAGAGUUUAUUAAGGUUGGCUUAGACACUCUCUAUGACCUACUCCAGGCAUCAUGUUACCUGAAAAUUCAAAACCUUAAUGAUUUGGGAUGUAAGACUGUAGCCAACAUAAUAGCGGGAAAGACCCCAGAACAAAUUCGCCAAACUUUCAAUAUCAAGAAUGAUUUUACCCGAGAGGAAGAAGAGGAGGUGAAAGAAGAGUUCGCAUGGGCCUUUGAAAAGAAAUAAACAAGUCAUGUUCAAAUAUCCAUAUUUCUUCUAUGAAAAGAAAUAUGGACAGUUAUGAUAGUUUUUUGGUGAAUA